AUGGGAAACAACAUGACUUUAAUCACAGAGUUCAUCCUUGUGGGAUUCCCCGUGGGCCCGAGGAUGCAGAUCCUCCUCUUCGGCCUCUUCUCCUCCUGCUACGUCUUCACUCUGCUGGGCAACGGCUCCAUCCUGGGGCUUAUCUGCCUGGAGUCCAGACUGCACACCCCCAUGUACUUCUUCCUCUCCCACCUGGCCCUCGUGGACAUGGCCUAUGCCUGCAACACGGUGCCCCAGAUGCUGGUGAACCUCCUCCGCCCAGCCAAGCCCAUCUCCUUUGCUGGAUGCAUGACUCAGACCUUCCUCUUCUUGACGUUUGCGCACACGGAAUGUCUCCUCCUGGUGGUGAUGUCCUACGAUCGGUACGUGGCCAUCUGCCAGCCCCUCCGAUACUCUUCCAUCAUGAGCUGGAGAGUCUGUGUGACCCUGGUGGUCACUUCCUGGGUGCUAGGAGUCAUCUUGGCCCUGGUCCACUUAGUAUUACUCCUUCCAUUGCCUUUCUGUGGAUCUCAGAAACUGAAUCACUUUUUCUGUGAAGUUAUAGCUGUCCUCAAACUGGCAUGCGCAGACACCCACCUCAAUGAGGUCAUGGUUCUGGCCGGGGCCGUGUCUGUGCUGGUGGGACCAUUCUCCUCCAUCGUGGUAUCUUAUGUUCACAUUCUGUGUGCCAUCCUGAGGAUUCAGGCCCCUCAGGGGCGCCAGAAAGCCUUCUCCACCUGCUCCUCCCACCUCUGUGUGGUUGGACUGUUUUACAGUACAGCCAUUGUCACGUAUGUCGGGCCCCAACACGGGAGCGCCGAGGAGCAAAAGAAAUACCUGCUGCUCUUCCACAGCCUUUUCAAUCCCAUGCUGAACCCUCUGAUCUAUAGUCUGAGGAACAAAGAGGUCAACCGUGCUCUGAAGAAGAUGCUUGCCAAGGAGAGCGCCUCCUGA